AUGUCCCUCGACCCGCGGUCUAAAGGGGGAAACAACAACAACAACAGAAGCAGCUGCAACAAUUGCCGAUGCUUUCCCGGCGACGCCUGCUGGCCAACACUAGCGGAAUGGUCCUCGUUCAACGACACUGUGGGCGGCCGCCUAGUCGCCACGGUCCCCAUCGCCGCGCCUUGCCACCAAUCGGACCUAGCCGAUUAUGACGCCCAAGCGUGCCGGGCCUUGCGCGACGUAUGGUGGUACCCCAACACCCACCUCGCCACGUCCUCGUCUCCCAUGGCCCCCUUUUUCGCCAACGCCAGCUGCGACCCCUUCACCGCGCCCGACGACCAAUGCGUCGUCGGCGCCUACGUCCGAUACGCCGUCAGGGCCAUCGGCGUAUCGGAUUACCAGGCGACGCUCGCCUUCGCGGCCGCGAGGAACAUCCGCCUCGUCGUCCGUAACACGGGCCACGAUUACUUCGGCAAGUCGACGGGCGCCGGCGCGCUCGCCCUGUGGACCCAUUUCCUCAACGAUACGCAACUCAUCGACAACUAUACGUCUCCCGCGUACGCCGGGAAGGCCCUGAAGCUCGGCGCCGGUACCGGGGCUCUCGAGGCUUACCGAGCCGCCGACGAAGCCGGGGUUGCUGUCGUCGGGGGCGCUUGCGACACGGUGGGUCUUGCCGGUGGCUAUUCGCAGGGAGCCGACCACGGCCCUUUGAACUCUGUCUUCAGGCUUGGAACAGAUCAGGUUCUCGAUCCGACGCAAAAUAGCGACUUGUACUGGGCACUGUCGGGCGGCGGCGGAGGCACCUAUGCAGCGAUUCUUUCGAUGACGGUAAGGGCGCAUCGUCUUACAAAAGUCUCUGCUGCGAGCUUGAGUUUCACUACAGGCGCGAACGUCACUGCGGACCUCUUCAACAGCGCCGUGCACGCUUUUCUCCUGACGCAUCCUAGCCUAGCAGAGGCGGGCGCUUGGAGUACCUGGUUGUUGGCAACCGGGGUGUUUUCGCUGGUACCUGUUGUCGGUCCUAACCUCGAUAAGGACCAACUUCAGACUCUUUUCGAGCCUACGAUUUCCUUCUUGGAUAGCAAUGGCAUUCCCUAUGACUACGAGAUUCGCCAGUACAACACUUUCCUGGAAGCAUAUACCGGAAUGUUCCCUUUUUGUAACAUUACCGAAUACAACAUUGGCAGAGUCAUAUCCGGAAACUCCUUUGAUGUGUCGGGCUUUCCAAGCACCGGUAUUCAGAAUUCUGUAAACCCCGUCUGGCGCACUGCUAUCUUGAACCUAGUCAUCGGCCUGGCCUACGACACCUACGAUUUUCAGGCCAACGUUGCGCUGCAGACCAAAAUGACCAACACCAUAAUGCCGCGACUCGAGGCCCUGACGCCUGGCGGAGGGACGUACCUCAACGAAGCGGAUUUUCGGGAUCCUGACUGGAAAAACAAUUUCUAUCGCACUAACUACGCAAAACUGCUAUCCAUCAAGGACAAAUAUGAUCCCGACAGCUUGUUCUACGGGCCGACGGCGGUUGGUAGUGAUAGAUGGACUGCUCAGCCGGACGGACGGCUGUGUCGAGCGUCAUGA